AUGGAAAUAGAGAGAGAUAAUCAAAGGGAUGAUUAGCAAAUUAUUGAAUAUUUUUUAGAGAAUUAUAGAAGGGAUAUACGUUUACUAAUGAGAAGAAUAGAUCCAAGCAUUUAUUAUAAUUUUAGUGUUAAUAUGAUAGAAUUCUUUGAUAGAUUUCCUGAGAGUGCAAAUAAAUUUUUUUAAAAACCUUUAGAAAUGAAAAGCUUAUUGGAAGAAAGUAUUGUUGCUUCAUAAAAAUAAUAUGCAAUUGAUUAUGCAACAACGGAUAAGUAUGAUGAAGAUGAUGAAUUAUUUGAUGCAGUUUAGGAGAUAUCUGAUGAUUUAGGAUAAGAAUUAAGUGUAAAAGAGUUUGUUUUUGUUCAAUUUGUAAAUAUUCCCUAUACAAAAGAUGUUUACAAAACAAAUUUGACUGACAUAGGCUCAAACGAUAUAAAUAAGCUUGUUAUAGUCUCAGGAACUGUAAUAAGGACAAGUACAAGAAAGGUAUUAUAAAAAUCAAAGCAAUUUAAGUGUUCUAACUGUGAGUAGGAAUAUGUUUUUAAAGCGGAACAUGAAAACUAUGGAGUAUUUCAAACCAAUUCAAUAAAGUGUAAUAAAUUGAUUACUGUUGAAAAGAAGAAUAAUCCUUUUUACAACUUAAUGCUGGACAUAAAGAGAAAUAUAAAUCCAAAUAACAACAAUAACUACAGAAACAGAUAAUAAAAUAAUUAUGAAGGAGAUGAAAUUAAUGAAGAAGGGAAUAAUAAUUCUAAUAGUAGAAACAAUCCAGCCUAAAAUAAAACUGAGUAGAGGAAAUGUGGCUCAUAAAAAUUUGAAGCUGUUGAUGGAACUGAAAUUUGUAUAGACUACCAAGAAAUACGUAUAUAAGAACCUUUUAAAACUUUAAAACCAGGAAAUAUACCCAAAACAAUGUGGGUAAUUCUAGAAUCAAAUCUUGUAGAUUAAAUGAAAGCAGGAGAUGAUGCGAUCAUUACAGGAAUUCUUAUUAAGAGAUGGAAAAAGGCAACAAAGGAUUCUCGUCCAGAAGUUAGUUUGUGCAUUAUAGCUAAUUCAAUUUAAAUUAAAAACUAUCAAAAAAAUCUGAAUGACAAAGAUAAAAAUCAACUAAAAAGCACUCUCGAAGAAGAACUUGAUAAUUUCUAUAAGAAGCAAAGAGACUUAACAACUGAAAUAGCUGCAAGAAAUUAAUUAAUAUAGAGUUCAUGUCCUGACAUCUUUGAGAAAAAUGAUAUAAAAUUAGCAGUUUUGCUAUGCCUUAUAGGAGGUGUUUCAAGAAUAGAGAAUAAUACUCGUAUAAGAGGCUAAUGUCAUAUGAUGCUAGUUGGUGAGCCUGGAACAGGAAAAUCAUAAAUAUUAAAGUAUGCAACCAAACUGUCUAAUAGAUCUGUUUUUACAACAGGAAUCGGAUCAACAUCUGCAGGUCUAACAGUGUCAUUUACUAAAGAAUAAGGUGGAGAGUGGAUUAUGGAAGCAGGAGCAUUAGUCUUGGCAGAUAUGGGCGUUUGCUGCAUUGAUGAAUUUAAUCUAAUUAAAAAAGGUGAUCAUGACUCAGUUUUAGAAGCUAUGGAAUAGCAAACUAUAAGUGCCUCAAAAGCAGGUAUUACAUCAAAAUUAAAUUCUAGGACAACAAUAUUGGCAGCUUGCAAUCCAAUUUUGCCUGGAUAAAGAUAUUAAACAAGUGUGGAUAUAACUGAAAACACUGGAUUACAAAGUCCGUUGUUGAGUAGAUUUGAUCUGAUAUUUAUUGUAAAAGAUAUUGUUAAUUAUGAUGCUGAUUCUGAAGCUUGCGAAUUUAUAUUAGAGAGAUUUAUGAAGAAAGAAGAUAGAACAAUGAACUAUCAAAGAAGUGAAAGUUUAUGGGAAAUCGAAAAACUUAGAGAAUAUAUUAAUUUAGUAUAAAAUAAAUUUGAGCCAACAAUUACCUCAGAUGCAUCCUAAUUGAUUUAAAAGUAUUACUAGCACCUUAGAUCAAUUGAACUUCUUCACUCUAAAACCACUAUUAGAGCUUUGGAAUCACUAGUUAGACUUUGUUAAGCUCAUUCAAGACUUAUGUACAGAGAUAAAGUAGAAGUUUUUGAUGCUAUUUGUGUUAUUACUCUUCAAGAAUGCAGCUAUUUUACAGGACUGCUUGAAAAUUUAGAUCCAUUAGAAUAUAUAUUAUUAGAUGAAGAUAAAUAUGAAGAAAUUGAACAUGUUAUUAAAAAUAAUUUACGCUUUAUCUCUUAACCUUGA